UUUUUCACAGACAUAGGGGUACAAAGCACAACAACAACAACAGGUAAAGUAAUUUAUCAGUACUCCUUAGACUACUGAUAUUACUGUUCUCCAAACAAGUAUAUACCACCUUUCUGAACAAAUACUAGGUGAAACUGAAAUACUGAGCUAAAAAUAUUACUGUAAGUCAUUAAUAAUAACUACUUUGUAAUUUUCCAACAGAUUUCAGUGCCCGUACAGUUACGAAGCAAACCAAAGUACCCCUUGGUAAAUAUGAAUUUCGUAACAUUUAAUGCACAAAAUAACAAUAUGCACAGUCAGAUAUAUUGCCUUAUUACAAUGUCUGCUGCUUUCCUAUACUACCUAAAAUAAUGAACAAUGUGAUAAUAACAAUAUUUACUACUUUUUACUUAAACCAUAUGAAACAUUACUUUCAUAUUAUCCUGAAGACAAGAACAAAAUAACUCCUCUCAACUAACACUCCAGUUUGAAUAAAUGGUAAAGAAAGAGAUCCAGAUUGUUUUCUUCUAUAAAGUUAUUCUAUUUCAGUACAAUUGCCCAACAACUUUGUUGCAAAAUGGAACUGUUAUUUCUUGAGUAAUCUCACAUGAAAGUGCUAAGAAAAAAAAAGUGAGAAGAAAUCCUUGACACUCUUGAAACCUCUUUCCUUUUACACUCAUCUUCAUCAAUGAGAAUUUCUAUUUCUCAAUCUACAUGAAAGAAACAACAGUAUAAAUAGCAAACAUAAUUAUGAUAUACAAAAAAAUUAUUUAUACUUACCCCUAAGAAUGUUGUCCAACAUUACAUCUUCAACAUUACCUUACAAAAUGAAAAAGAAACCAAUAAAUAACCUUCCAUAAAUUUUUCCUAUUAUUAAUCAAAUGCAUUUUCCACUUAUAGCUCUAAAACGCUUGAUUAAUACCCAGGAAUAUGACAACGCACGUUGUGAGUAAACAUUUACCAUACUGUUAAUCACAUAGAGUAUUAUUUUACUCUUUCAAAUUGUACAUAUCCGUUACUUUAGUUUGCAAAAUCACAUACGAUAAAAUCUCUAUUAAGGCUCUUUUGGGGUCAUUAUUUCUUUCAAGCCCAUUUGAUGAGAGGGGGGCUUAUUUGAGAGGGGGGCUUAUUUCAUUUUGAAAAGGCAAUCACAUCACUUGUCCACAAAAAACUAGGACACAAAGUGCAAAUGCUCAAGUACAAAAAAAUUGGAUGUCAUGCAAUGCAAGAAUCACAAUUAAAUCCAACCGUGCAAUUCCUAAACAAACGAUGACACAUCAGUCCACGUGAUGUUCUACACUAGUAACUCAUUAAUACAGUCUAUUAGGUAUUAGCCACGAAUAUUUAACACAGCUAAAUAGGGGACUGAUAUAAUACAGAGGCCACAUUAUUAACUUCCUCUUCCUGAAAGGGAGGCAACAACUUAUUAAAUGAAGGGGCUUUAUUAAUAGACAUCCUGUUCACUAUAUCUGCCAACCUUGAUUACUAAAAUAAAAUGUUUUAUCCCAAAAAACACAUUUUUACCACACCUGUGACAAAAGAUACUUGGAAAUUCUAAGGGGGACGGGAAUUUUAAACCACUAAUUUCCAACCAAUUGGGCAGGUGCCUGGAAAGCUACUUUCCCUAAAUUAAUGCUGCAAAUUGUUUGCAAUAAUUAUUGUUUUACAUGAUAUCCUGAAAAUUCCACAUUACACUACUUAUCAAAAAACUCACUCUGUUCCUGCUCACAUCUUUUCCACUAGUCCUCCUUUUCACCUUCAUUACAGGUACCAUUAUUUUGUCCUUUACAUAGAAUCAUUGCUAAGCCAAUCAAAACUCUACAAUUGAAUUAUCCAAUCAUUUAGUUGUUAAUGAAUAAUAUUAUUUCAUACCAUUUAUGGAUGAAAAAAAUUCUAUCCACCUCAACUUUCUUAUUUAUAUGCAUUUGCACAUAACCACUAACAAAAAGUGUCACUUUUUACUGUUGCUAACGAAAUAAUAAACUAUUUUCUAUUUCUACUACUAUACAGAUAACAAACACUGUUGUACAAGAUGUGCCCACAAGGUAAUACUAAAAAAAUAUGUUCCUUAUCAGCAACUCAAUUCAAAGAACAGCCUCCUCAAUCCCCACAACAUACUGGAGGGUUUGAAUUUGAACAACAUUUAAACGGAUUGAAAUUCUGCCCCUGGUUCUUACCUAUUCAAAAAUAAUGCUCAGGAGAGAUAUUCAUUUCCUUUGUCUGACAGCUCGGAUUUUGUAAUUUACACAUAAUUUGUUUGGUUACUUUAAGUUCAAUGGCGAUUGAGAGCAAGUAAUUGGCAAAAUUAAACAACAUAAACUAAUCUGCUGUAACACACCCCCUUUAAUCACCCAUAUUUUGCAAGCGUCAAUACUUCAAGCCCUCAAGCAAGGAUGUAAGAGGAACAAAACAAUGAGAUUAUCCUUUUGUAAAGAUCUAUUGGCCAUGGAGAAAACAAGCACUAACAAUUUGUAAAACUGGUGGAUACUUUUGCACGAUUUGUAACACCACCCAUAACAAAGUAGAACUACACCAAACAAUCAAAGAUGUCCUUUUCGAUAUUGCAACGUUCUUCCCAUCAUUCCUGUUUUAACUGCAUCAUCUACCCUUUAACAGAAUUUUGUUUUCAUUUGCCUAUCUUUUCUUAAUAUCUACAGGUUACGUACUGCAUUACAAACGAAGUUAAACUCUUAUCUUAUGAUCAAAAGUUUUGUUUCAUUAUUCCUACCAACAUCAAUAGUACUCAUCACAAACUUUACUUUCUCCAUUUUCAGUACGCUAUCUACUAAAUAAUACCAAAACUUACCACUAUUACGAAAUUUACAGCAAAAAACUCAUUUCUCCAAACCAAAAUAGAUACUCUAUCCACAUGUAUGAAGGAAAAUUUUUAUCCUAAGAUCGGAACCAUAACCCAAAGUUCCGCAUCGUGAUACUUAAUGCGCAGUUAAAACGCAUGCGUAAUGUCCUUCUUACGUCACGUCAAUCAUUUCACUUUUAAAGGUAAAAUUCUAAAAUUUUUGCUAGUGUAAGAUCAGAAACAUAUACCUUCGGCCCGACUUGUUCAAACGUUGCAUAGCCCUAUCCAUCCGAUAAAUCAUAAUAUAGUCUAUAACUAGUACCAACACCAAUUGCACUAUCCACUGAAUAGCGAUUUCUCCCGUGCAUACCGCUUUCCACCUUUUCAGCAACUGGGGCUUGGUAUAUUAUGUUCCAUAUGUAUGUGUUUAUCUAUGCAUUUCUGACGUACUACCCAGCUGUACUAACAUCAACUCCUUCUCCAUUUUCUCCUUAGCGCUGAUUCAGUAAAGAGGAGAGUAAAGAGUAAAGAAUAAAGAACAAAGAACAAUAUUGUCGUUGUGUUUAUCAACAAAUUAUAGCGUAAACUGUCGCUUAUAAGCCCAUCCGCUUCUAAGGCCCCCCUGUUAUAGACCCCCCUACAUGCCAAAAAAAAAAAAUACAUCCGAUUAUAAGCGCAUCCUGAUAUAAGCCCCUGUCACAGUUUUGAGUUCAUUUUCAAAUUUAACUGAAUUCGAUUUAUUGCUGCCUUUUUAAGGCUUCAAUUGUAAGAGUAAUACAUUUAAAUUAUACGUCCAUAACAGUGCUGUUGCUCAUUUCGAAACGUUUUUUCCUGUUCGCUUAUAAGCCCAUCCGCAUAUAAACGCCCCCCACCGGGUUUAUAAGCCCACCCAAAACCCUUUACGAACUUGUAUAAGCAGUUAUAAGCCCACGGCUUAUGAGCGGUAGUUUACUGUAUACAUAAAAAAGUUAGCACGUAAGUAAAUUUUUGGGUCGCCUUUUCCUCGUCAAUAAAGUCUUCUGUUUCUUAUUCUCCAAUACACCCUUUCUUUCAAAAGAAAAACAAGACGCAUACGUUUAUCUAAGAUAACAAAAUCUGCCUGACAUAAACAAACGAAACCUGCACUUUCCUUACAAUUAACGAAAUCAUAGCCUUAAGAUGCUUCAAGUAGCGAAAGCGAUGGACACAAAAGACUUUAUUGACAUUAACAAUAUGUCAUCUUGUUUACAUUAAUUAAUUAAUUAUAAAACAGAAAUAAAUAAAUCACAUCAAUGAAUUACAUCAGAAAUACAUAAAUAAACAUUAAUUUUGCGAGUGUGAACUCUUCUUGACUUUACUUUCUCUUUUCUUAAAACUUAUCAGACUAACGUCGCAAAAUCAAUACUCAACUUCUCAUCCACAAAUUCAAUAUUCACAAAUUCGUUUUCCAUGAAAUAUACUAAUUUCUAUUGAUAAAAGAACUCAAUUUGAAAGUCGGUCCAUAAUAACUCUUGUGCAAUACAGGAUGGGCCUAUUUUUCCGGCUAAUACUACUAAUCAAAACCUAAAAAAAAACAACAAUUGCGAUAACCACCAUCAAAGGGAUAAAUUCCUGUUUUAUUUACGUUCCAUCUGCGCAUAGUCAUGAAAAAGUAAAGACACAGCGCUAUCGUCGCACUCCAGAUAACCUUUGUAGAAAGCCCAAACGAAAUGACAAUUAAUACAGCAAUGAGCACAAUUACCAAAAAAUCGACGACCAAAACCAACACUGGGAAAGAAAACUUUUCCCAUGAAGGACAAUCAGUAGCCCACUUGUAUUCAUUCGGUUAUGCUUUUCCAGUAAUAUGUCAAAAACGAGUGGGAGUGUUUCAUCAGCAGUUCCAGACACCGAAAAACAGAUGAAAGCACCAGGCCACAAGCCGAGUACUUUUUUUGUUCUCUUUACUAUAUUCCUCUCAUGUCUUCGAUACUCUUUUGUACAGGAACAACUAUGUUGAAGUCGAUACUUUAGUUCACAUCCAGCAACCAAGCUCUAAAAUAAAUAUAACAUAUUUUUAGAAAAUAGAUUGAAUUAUUUUUAGCAAAUCAUUACGCAUUUCUACGAUAUCUUAUUUUACACCUCUUCUUAAAAUUGUUAUUACAGCUAGGUUUUCUUCUAUUUUUUCCAUUCUCCUCAACACCUCCCGCAUCGAGUACCUUAAGCUAACUACGGAGUAUGUGAAAAUUUCCUUUUCACUUCAAUUUAAUUUCCUAAAAGACGACUUCUACACUGAUCCUCUUUGGCGUACAAAAUUAUCCACCCUAUAACCUCCUGUAAACAAGACGUUGUAGAACCCUAAAUUGGGGCGACGAUGUCCUACACCUGUAUUAGGGAUCCGUCAAAAGUGCAGCGGUGUUCUCUAUUUUACGAGUUCGUUGACAUCUAUCAAGUGGAAUACUUGCAGUUAUAUCAGACGUUCAUUUGUAAAAUAAUAGCUGUACUUUGUUAAUUGUUGAAACUUGUUUCUCCUACAAUCUAAUAUGAGGUAACAAACGACAAUAAUUUUUGAAAACUCCGUAACGUCAAAACCAAAGAGUAAAAGUUCGCUAUAGAACCAACGGCCUGAUUUCCUUAGCAGGGCUCACUGGCUUUGCACACAUCCACACACCCCAGUUCAACAAAACACAAAUCAACUUCGUCAUUAUAGAACAACCCAGCCAACCCCGUUAGCUCCGAUCCCACGACUGUUAUGCCGGGAUCUUGGAUGGGAAUUUUCCACUUAAUCACGUUUGCAAGGCCACCAGGUGAAUGUUCAACAAAGCCACAAACACCAUCGCGGAUAACACGCUCUUCCUGUGCACUGCUUUUAGGCUCAAGUGAUGAGACCCUCACUAGCUCACUUUAUUGUCACGCAGUUUGCAGGUGAACCCUUUACAAUUUCCCCCCAAAAAAACAAAUAUCACUUGAUAAUCUCCUUCUCAUAACAAGUUUGUACGAGUACAACUUGAUAACAAGCUUUUCUGGACAAUCUUACCAGUUCAACUUGAUAAACAACUUUUCAUAACUAGUUUACCACAUCAACUUUCUAACCAGAUUCUCAUAACAUCUUGUCACUCACUUUUGUAAACGAACAUCUCUCUUUACAUCAAAAGAGCAGUUCUACACUCAUCCUCUUUAAAAUAAUAAAAAUAUCCACACCAUAUCCUCCUCUACAUAAACAACGUUCAUAUCAACAAAUAUCUCUUGAUUAUCACACGCUCACCACAAUUUUGUACUAUUACAACUUCAUAACACCUUUUCAGGACAUUCUUACUACAUUAACUUUAUAAACAAGUUUUCAUAACAAGUUUACUACAUCAAGUUUAAAAACAGGUUCCAAGAGCAAGUUCUGACUCGUUUUUGUAUACAUACAUCUCUGUUUACAUCAAAUAAUGGUUUUUCAUUGGCUAUUCAUCUUCACAUUUUAUUGGAUAACCUAUUUCGACAAAAAACCUUGCUCCCUGAUUGGUGUAUUUCGAUCCGUUACUUUGCUAUAAAAGGGCUCCCCAUUGAACAACUGCACCAUUCAGCAGUAUUUUUACGCUGGGCAAUAUUGUCAACUGCCUCUCAACAUGAAUCAACUGAGACUCAAGGGUUAUAUACACGAUGUAUCUGCGGCUAAGAAAAGCAGAGUAAAAUCAUUCCCAUACUUCGUAUUCGCCCUCCAAGUAGACGAAUCGUUGAAACGACGAGCAGUAUGCUAUGACAUCUCAAAGCACAAGGUCCUUAAAACUUUUCAGCAAUCAAGAGAACCUGUUGUAUUCCACAACGUAACGCAGAAACCAAGUGUACGUGAUCCAUCGGAAGAUGAUAUUAUCGUCAACAAAAGAUCCCGCGUCGACCCAGCAAACAACAACGAUAUUCAAUUCGAAUAUGCUGAACCUGAAGCAGAUCCCUCUAAACAGUUUACAACUGUACAAGAUAUCAUCCGCUUAGACGAAAACCAACUCACAUGUGUCAAAGGCAUUUUGACUCUACGCCCAGACAGCGUCCAACAGAUCCCUAUGAAGGAUGGUUCUUUAGUCUCUAUGUUAGAACGUUGCACUGUUUCUGACGAUACCGGAACCUGUCGCCUAACCUUGUGGGGAACAGCCAUCCAAGAAGUCGCAAAUCACAAAACUUAUUCCAUAACAGAUGUGCGUGUAAAGAUCUUCAACUCCACCAAGUAUCUCACAUCUACUCCUGGAACAACUUUUACCAUUGCUGAAGAAUCCUAUGAACCCCCAAGUGAAGAAGAUUUCUCGAGGCUUUUCGAUGCCGUAUCACAUUACGUUCCAAAAAUCCUACUGGCUGAUAGUUACAAGACUUGGCUGGCAUGCGUGAAAUGUGGAAAACAAGUCACUGAAGUUACAACAACCACAGCGAGUCUUAUCAAAUGUGCCAUUUGCAGCACUGUGCAACCUCUCUCCUCGUGUCAUCUGAAAGGAUCCGUUCGCAUACAAGUCCAACCAGACGACAAUGCUGAACCUAUCUGGCUAAAAGUGUUCACAUCAACUCUUCAGACCAUGCUGGAACAUAUCUCUUCUGAUGUGACAUUGCAAUCACCGGAAGAACAAGUAUUCGCUAAACUUUUCUUGCUUAAAAACUUUUUCGUUGAUUUCAACGAACAAUCAUUAAUUGUAGAGGACGUUCGUUUCAAAUAA